AACAAACUCACAAUUUUCCGGCGUUCACCCAAAACAAACUCUCUCUCAAAUUGCCGAUAAACCUUAUGGCUCUACUCGGACCACCGGAGCUCCGGAACGCCGCCCUGCCUUCGCUUGAAAAUAACACCACACCACCAUCAUCCGGCGAUCCAUUUGUGGAUCUCAUGGUCGCCAAUUUCAACGCAGCCAAAUCCUCCCCGCCGAUGGGCUUCACCGAGAACAUGGCGGCAACCUAUCUCUCAUCCGGCGACCCCUGCCUCGAUUUCUUCUUCCAUGUCGUCCCCGACACCCCGGCGGGAUCCGUCGAAGCGCGGCUUUCCGCCGCGUGGCAGCACGACCCUUCCACGGCGCUCAAACUCAUCUUCAACCUCAGAGGCGUCCGCGGUACCGGGAAAUCCGAUAAGCAAGGGUUUUACACGGCGGCGAUUUGGCUCCACAACCACCACCCCAAAACCCUAGCCUCAAACAUAUCUCACUUGGCGGAUUUCGGUUACAUCAAGGACAUGCCUGAGAUUCUAUUCCGCCUUCUCGAGGGCGCCGAUGUUAGAUCCACGCAGAAGACUGAAUGGGAUCGGAGGAAGCGUCUCGCGGCCAGAAAGAGCAUAAAGAUGAAAAAUAAGGGCACAGUCAACAAGAAGAAAGUUAUGUACAUGGUUCCCUCUCUGCCCAAAGAAGAAAGGAAACUUGUGAUGGCGAAGAAGGUGAUCGAUAAAUACAACGGCAAUGGAGAUUUCCGGUAUCUUUAUGACCAGAUCUCCGAUUUCUUCGGGGAAGCUCUCAGAGCCGAUCUGGAGCGCUUGAAGGUAGGGGAGAUGCACAAGAUCAGCCUCGCUGCAAAAUGGUGCCCCUCGAUCGAUUCCUCCUUCGAUCGGUCAACACUGUUAUGUGAAGCCAUUGCACAGAAGGUGUUCCCCAGAAUGUCCCAUCCAGAAUACGAAGGAAUUGAAGACGCUCAUUACAUCUACAGAGUUCGGGAUCGUCUCCGGAAGGAAGUCCUUGUUCCUCUCCGGAAGGUUCUAGAAUUGCCGGAAACCUACGUGGGAGCCAACCGCUGGGACUCCAUACCCUACAACAGAGUCGCCUCUGUCGCCAUGAAAUUCUACAAGGACAAGUUUCUCAAACAUGAUGCGGAACGAUUCCAAGGCUACCUGGAGUCCGUGAAAAAGGGGGAAGCUAAAAUCGCCGCGGGCGCUCUGUUACCGCAUGAGAUAAUCCAGGCAUUGAAUGAUGGCGAAGCUGACAGCGGGGAAGUAGCAGAGCUGCAAUGGAAGAGAAUGGUGGACGAUCUUCUCCAGAGAGGGAAGCUGAGGAACUGCAUGGCAAUUUGCGAUGUCUCGGGAAGCAUGGAAGGAACUCCAAUAGAAGUUUCGGUGGCGUUAGGCGUUCUUGUUUCCGAGCUGAGCGAGGAGCCAUGGAAGGGGAAGCUGAUCACUUUCAGCGCAAACCCGACUCUUCAGAUGGUCAGUGGCUCUUCUCUGCGGGAGAAGACUAGCUUCGUAAGGAGGAUGGAUUGGGGGAUGAACACGGACUUCCAGAAGGUGUUUGAUCUGAUCCUGAAUGUGGCCGUGCAGGGGAAAUUGAAGCCGGAUCAGAUGAUCAAGAGGCUUUUCGUUUUCAGCGACAUGGAAUUCGACCAAGCCUCGGGUACCUACAAUUCAUCGGGAACGCGUAAUUCCUGGGAAACGGAUUACCAGAAGAUAGUGAGGAAGUUCAAUGAGAAGGGCUACGGGGAGGCGAUCCCACAGAUUGUUUUCUGGAACCUGAGGGACUCGAGAGCCACCCCGGUUCCGGGGAGCCAGGAGGGAGUGGCGCUGGUGAGUGGGUUUUCCAAGAAUCUGUUGAAGAUGUUCUUCGAGGGAGACGGGAUUAUCAACCCUGUGGAGGUCAUGCAGUCAGCCAUCUCCGGCGAGGAGUAUCAGAAACUCGCCGUGGUUGACUAAACCAGAUUCGUUUCCAUUAAUGUCUUUCUUGUUUUAGUGGUAUCAGUAUUGCCAUUAAUAAAUCAUUACUACUUGUGCCGUUUUUUUGAAGGUUAUAAAUCAUCUUUUCGUUUCCAACGCUAACUAUUGCUUGGAGAAUCUUUUUCAUGUGACAGAACUUCAGAAUUGUUUAUUGGAAUCUGUUGCACAUGUAGAUCAAUCUCAGUUGAUAGAGAUAACAAUCAGUCGCAUAAACUUUCUUGAGCCUAGUGUUUUGCAGCACAGAAACUACCGUUGUAGUCCCUAACGAUCUAUCCGACGUUGAGCUUUACCCGCCCAAUUGGUGGUUUCUUCCACGAAGAGAGACGUGGUUUAUGUUGUGACGGUUGUUUUUUUGGAUAAAGUUAUUUGUACCCCAAAUAUUUGUACUCGAUUUUGUACACUUUAUGUGCGCAAUAAUAUUUUAUGUCGGUG